GCGGAGAAUACAAGCUCAAGCAAGCGUCAGCCUAACGAAUUCAGUGCUACAUUGAACGGCGCUGUAAAUGAUGAGGUUGACGAUACCAAGACCAUAGGCGAAGCAGCACUAAUCGAGGAACGACGUAGGCGACGAGAAGCCAUCAAAAACAAGUAUAGAAGUCAGGCUUCUCCACUCUUGGUCCAGGCACUUCAACUUGGAGCAGGGCCAAACUCUGCAAGUCCUGGGCCAGAAAGUGCUGCUACCACUCCAGGCCGGUCUGAAUCGCCACCUUCAUCAGCACCCCGAACGCCGCAAGACCUGUCCGCCCCACAGUCUCCGGCCGAGGUCAAUUUCGAUGCCAAUACCGAUCUGAGCAACCCUCUCAAGGGCUCUCCUUCCGCGGAUGGUCCCUCAGCGGCCGACUACGAUCCCACUGCCGAUAUGGAAGAAGAGCGAGCGCGACACGAUAAACGUCUGUUCAAAGAAGAUGAAGCGUCGAUCGAGCACGCCGAGCAUCAAGUCAUCGAGCAGAUGAAAGAAUCUUCUGCAGCCCCUUUUAAGCCAAAUGAUGAAUUUGACAUGUUCGCUGAUGCGGAUGACGAUGAUGACAUGUUUGCAGAGGCUCCAAUGAAACCAAAGACCGAAGCAAAGGCCGCUCAAGCUCUUGAUGCCAAUCUCAUGGACAAUUGGGACGACGCAGAAGGAUACUACAACACUAUUCUCGGUGAGCUGAUCCAGGAUCGAUACCAUGUUACUCAAAACCUUGGUAGAGGAAUGUUUUCAUCAGUCGUCCGAGCUACUGACCGACAUACUGGCAACGCCGUUGCCAUAAAGAUCGUGCGGAACAACGAAACCAUGCGGAAGGCAGGCAUGAAAGAGAUCGACAUACUGCAGGACAUUGCAGCUAACGAUCCGGAAGACAAGAAGCAUCUCAUUCGUCUAGAGGGCUCUUUUGACCACAAAGGCCAUUUGUGCAUGGUCUUCGAAAGUCUCUCCAUGAAUCUUCGAGAGGUGCUCAAGAAGUUUGGCAGAGACGUAGGCAUCAAUAUCAAGGCAAUUCGUGCCUACGCCCAACAAUUGUUCAUGGGGUUGAGCGUGUUGAAGAAAUGUCAAUACAUUCACGCUGAUCUCAAGCCAGACAACAUUCUCGUUAACGAGGCGAGAAGCACUAUCAAGAUUUGUGAUCUUGGCUCUGCAUCGCCUAUCACCGAGAAUGCAACAGCACCGUACCUCGUGUCGCGCUUCUACCGAGCCCCAGAAGUCAUUCUUGGCGUUCCAUAUGACUAUGGUGUGGAUAUGUGGUCGAUUGGUUGCACUCUUUACGAGCUUCACACUGGCAAAAUCCUGUUCACAGGCCGGAACAAUAACGGUAUGCUACGCGCAAUUAUGGAAUGUCGAGGUAAAUUUCCGCACAAGGUGCUCCGGCGGGGUUCCUUGAGUUUUGACUACUUUGACGAUUUGCUCAACUUUCGGUCCGAAGAGGUGGACAAGGUCACCGGUCGGACAGUGGUGCGCAUGAUUGAUAUAAAGCCGAAACCCGUCAAGGAUCUGAGAUCGAGGUUGAUGCCUAAGGAUCGACGAAUGAACGAGCAAGAGAGAAAGGAGCUAGAACAGUUCAUUGACCUUCUGGAAAAAUGCCUAGACCUGCGACCCGAGAAGAGGAUUACACCGAACGAUGCAUUGAAGCACCCUUUCCUUCUGAAGGUCAAAGCUUAG